AUGGCCACCGCCGCAGAUCAGGCUGCACAUGCACAUCAACGCGAAGUUGCCUUUGACUAUGCCUCGUCAGAUAUCCGUAACGAAUACAGAAGUGGCUUCGAGACUGCGAUGCGGACUCCCCUGGAGACUGAGAAAGCGUCUGUCGAGGAAGCCGGUAUUGCUGGAAGCGACGAGGAGACCGGCUUGGCAAAGGUUGCCGCUGCCACGUUCGAUGUGGCCGAAGCCUCCUCUAACAGCAGCAGCGAUAAAGAGCUGAUCACUCAAGUCAUUUCCACUGAAGAUGAUCCUUCCCUCAAUCCUUGGACAUUUCGCAUGUGGUUUGUCGGCUUGGGGUUGUCCGUUUUCGGUGGUGUCCUGGCUGAGAUUUACUACUUCAAACCACAAACCGUCUUGGUAUCUGUCAUGUUCUUGGCCAUCAUUUCUUACGUUCUUGGAGAAGGCCUUGCCGUUUUCAUACCCAGACGGGGAAUCUUCAAAUGGCUUAACCCUGGUCCAUUCAACAAGAAAGAGCAUGCGGCUAUCGUGAUUAUGGCCAGCGCCGCUGCGAACAGCGCCCUGGGUACUGAGAUUCUCGCCGUCCAACGACUUUAUUACAAUCAGACACCAAACGCAGCUCUGUCAAUCUUCAUGCUAUUCAGCUCCCAACUGCUUGGCUACGGAAUGGCUGGAGUUAUGCGCUCCAUCCUUCUGUAUCCUACUCGCAUGUUGUGUCCGACUGUCCUUCCUCUUAUUAGCAUGUUCGAGACCUUGCAUGGUGAGCGUCAUGAAGUUCAGAAGAAGCUCAAACUGUUCUGGGUGGCCUUCUUCCUCAUCUUUUUCUGGGAAUUAUUGCCAGAGUGGAUCUUCCCCCUUAUCACCGGAUUUUCUAUCUUCUGCCUCGCCAAUCCAAAUUCCAUGCCAUUCACUUUGGUAUUUGGAGGUACUAAUGGAAACGAAGGCUUGGGUCUCCUUUCUCUUUGCCUGGAUUGGCAGUACAUAUCUGGCGGCGUCAACCCUCUGGCCAUUCCGUUGCAAGCACAGAUGGCUAACUUCAUCGGUUACCUGCUUUGCAUUGCCGUCUUCUGCGGAGUAUGGUUCGGCAAUAUCUAUAACGCCCAAAGCUUCCCUUUCCUGUCACAAACGCUCUUUAAUGCGGAUGGGUCCCCGUACAAUCAGCUGCUCAUUCUGGACGAUAAUUUCGAGGUAGACUAUACCAAACUCGAACUGUCAUUCUCGGCCACCAUCGUCCACCUAUUGCUGUGGAAUCGUGAAGAUCUUGCAGCGGCGUGGUCCUGGGCCACACCAAACAACCUCCUGCGAAUGGCACGGAACUUUAACUGGAAGUUCUGGCAGGCUUCAAGUGAAAUGGCUGCCCCGGCGAACCAAGAAGACCUUGAUCCCCAUUACAAGGAAAUGCUCAAGUACAAGGACUCUCCCGACUGGUGGUACGGUGUGACCUGGCUUGUGGCUAUGGUUGUUGGUUUGAUCGUCAUUUACGAAGCCAAUUCGACUUUACCCUGGUGGGGAUUCUUUAUAUCCCUCAUCCUAGCCCUUAUCUGUAUUCUCUUCUUUGGUGCCCUGGGCGCUGUCACGGGGCUCAAUGCUACGUAUAGCACCUUCCUUCAAAUGAUCGGGGGCUACUUGCACCCGGGAAAGCAUGUUGCAAACAUGUACUUUGUCCUUUGGAGUUACAACAGUGUAGCUCAAGGCCUUCUGGUUCUUCGCGAUUUGAAGAUCGCCCAGUACGUCAAGUUGCCGCCUCGCUGCACAUACACUGUCCAGAUUCUCGGAACUCUUAUCGGAGCUUUGCUCAAUUGGGUCAUGAUGAAUUCAAUCGUUACCAAUCAACGCGAUAUCCUUCUGUCCGUGGAAGGCACAAAUAUCUGGUCAGGACAACAGCCACAAUCGUACAACAGCCAAGCCAUUGCCUGGGGUGGUCUUAGUCAUCAGCUGUUCGAUGUGGGCAAAGAGUACCAAUGGGUAACACUGGCCUUCCUUCUCGGCAUUGGUGCUCCGGUUCCUUUCUGGAUCAUCCACAAGUUCUUGCCGCAGCUGAAACUGGAUUACUUUUCUUUGUUUUGGUCGCACAGUUUUGAUGUGAUUCACAGCUCCUACAUUGGUUGGCUUUGCGUCGGUAUUAACUCGUCAAUUUUGAGCUACUUCGCCCUUGCCUUCUGGUCUCAGUGGUACUUGCGUAGGAAAUACCCCGUUUGGUUCAGGAAGUACAACUAUAUCCUCGCAGCCGCUCUUGAUGGUGGCACCCAAGUGAUGGUGUUCAUUCUCUCGUUCGCGGUCCAAGGCGCUAGCGGAGAUGCACACUUAUUCCCUGCAUGGUGGGGCGCUAAUCAAGGUGGAAACUACGACCGCUGCUUGUAUACCUCCUACUAG